AUUUGCGUGCGCGGGCGCGCGCUGUGUGGACUGGGCGGGCCCAGCGGUGUUUGAGUGCUCCGCGGUCCGGAGGCAGAGACCUGGAGGCAGCUAGCGGAGCUGGCGGCUUUCUCCGCUCGAGGAAGGGUGUGAGAGGGGUGUGUGGGGGUCGGCAGCGAGCGGUGUGUGCCGUCAGCCACCGGGCGACGAUCUGAGACGCUCGCGUCGGCUUUCUGAGCGGCGUCCGCUUCCCGCCCGGGCAGCUCCCGCCGGAGGGGGUGAAGCGGCGGCUGGAGGGGCCGUGUUUUUGUGUCCUGGGUCCGGAUACCCUCCCCUGGUGCGAUCCGAAGCAAGCCCACCGACGUGAUCACCUCGACGCCGCUCGGGGAUCCCGGGCAUCCCCCCUGCGCCCCGAGCAGCUGAUACCCAGGUGAGGUGUCAGGACCUGCCCGGGGCGCGGGGUCGCCGGAAGCCAGGCGGGAGCCAGAGCUGCUUUCUGGCAAUCGAUUCUCAUCUGUGACCCUCCCUGGGCUGCUUUCUAUCGAUUAUCAUCUGUGACCCUCCCCCGGCUACUCUUCCCUGCACAGUUCCAGAGCAAAGGCUUGGACAUCUCGGUCCUUUGCCUCUAGCUGAUGCGUGACCGUGAGGAGAGAAAGAAACCCGAGGGACCAUGGACGCAAAGGCCCGCAACUGUUUGCUUCAACAUAGAGAAGCGUUGGAAAAGGACAUCAAAACGUCCUAUAUCAUGGAUCACAUGAUCAGUAAUGGCGUCUUAACAGUCGUAGAGGAGGAAAAGGUCAAAAGUCAGGCCACUCAAUAUCAUCGAGCAGCUGCUUUGAUUAAAAUGAUACUUAAUAAAGACAACUGUGCCUACAUCUCGUUCUACAACGCUCUGUUGCAUGAGGGCUAUAAAGACCUGGCCGCCCUUCUGCAUAGCGGCCUUCCUCUUGUGUCUUCUUCCAGCGGCAAGGAUACGGACGGCGGAAUAACUUCCUUUGUGCGGACUGUGCUGUGCGAAGGCGGAGUGCCACAGAGGCCCGUGAUUUUCGUUACUAGGAAGAAGCUGGUCAAUGCGAUUCAGCAGAAGCUCUGGAAAUUGAACGGAGAGCCAGGGUGGGUCACCAUAUAUGGGAUGGCAGGCUGCGGCAAGUCUGUAUUAGCUGCGGAAGCUGUUCGAGACCACUCCCUCUUAGAAGGUUGUUUCUCAGGGGGUGUGCACUGGGUUUCCAUCGGAAAACAAGACAAAUCUGGGCUUCUCAUGAAGCUGCAGAAUCUUUGUACGCGGUUGGAUCAAGAAGAGAGCUUCUCUCAGAGGCUGCCACUUAAUAUUGAGGAGGCCAAAGACCGCCUCCGUGUCCUGAUGCUGCGCAAACACCCAAGGUCUCUGUUGAUCUUGGAUGAUGUUUGGGACCCUUGGGUGUUAAAGGCUUUUGACAAUCAGUGUCAGAUUCUUCUUACAACCAGAGAUAAGAGUGUGACAGACUCAGUGACGGGUCAGAAGCAUGUUGUUCCGGUGGAGAGUGGUCUAGGGAAAGAAAAGGGACUUGAGAUCUUGUCACUUUUCGUUAACAUGAGGAAAGAAGAUCUGCCAGUGGAGGCUCACAGCAUUAUCAAGGAAUGCAAAGGUUCUCCUCUCGUAGUGUCUUUAAUCGGCGCGCUUUUACGAGAUUUUCCCAAUCGCUGGGCAUACUACCUCAGACAGCUUCAGAACAAGCAGUUUAAGAGAAUAAGGAAAUCUUCAUCCUAUGAUUAUGAGGCUUUGGAUGAGGCCAUGUCUAUAAGUGUUGAAAUGCUUAGAGAAGACAUCAAAGACUAUUACACAGAUCUUUCCAUCCUUCAGAAGGAUGUCAAGGUACCCACAAAGGUGUUAUGCGUUCUCUGGGACUUGGAAACUGAGGAAGUUGAAGACAUCCUGCAGGAGUUUGUUAAUAAGUCUCUCUUAUUCUGUAAUCGGAAUGGAAAAUCGUUUUGUUAUUAUUUACAUGAUCUUCAAGUGGAUUUUCUUACAGAGAAGAAUCGGAGUCAGCUUCAGGAUCUGCACAGGAAGAUGGUCACACAGUUUCAGAGGUAUCACCAGCCACACACGCUCUCUCCAGACCAGGAGGACUGCAUGUAUUGGUACAACUUCCUAGCCUAUCACAUGGCCAGUGCCAAUAUGCACAAAGAACUUUGUGCAUUAAUGUUUUCCCUGGAUUGGAUUAAAGCAAAAACAGAACUUGUUGGCCCUGCCCAUCUGAUUCAUGAGUUCGUGGCAUAUAGGCAUAUCCUGGAUGAAAAGGAUUGUGCAGUCUGUGAGAAUUUUCAAGAGUUUUUGUCUUUAAAUGGACACCUUCUUGGACGACAGCCAUUUCCUAAUAUUGUACAGCUGGGCCUCUGUGAACCAGAAACUUCCGAAGUUUAUCAGCAAGCGAAGCUGCAGGCCAAGCAGGAGGUGGAUAGUGGGCGUCUUUACCUGGAGUGGAUAAACAAAAAAACCAUCAAGAAUCUGUCCCGCUUGGUUGUCCGCCCCCAUACAGAUGCUGUUUACCACGCGUGUUUUUCUCAGGAUGGUCAGAGAAUCGCUUCUUGUGGAGCGGAUAAAACCUUACAGGUGUUCAAAGCCGAGACAGGCGAGAAACUUCUUGACAUCAAAGCUCAUGAAGAUGAGGUGCUUUGCUGUGCAUUCUCUUCAGACGACAGUUACAUAGCGACCUGCUCAGUGGAUAAGAAAGUUAAGAUUUGGGAUUCUGCGACCGGGAAGCUAGUGCACACCUACGAUGAACACUCGGAGCAAGUCAAUUGCUGCCACUUCACCAACCAGAGUAACCACCUGCUCUUGGCCACCGGGUCAAACGAUUUCUUCCUCAAGCUCUGGGAUUUGAAUCAAAAAGAAUGUCGAAAUACCUUGUUUGGUCACUCGAACUCAGUCAACCACUGCAGGUUCUCACCAGACGACGAGCUCUUGGCUAGCUGCUCAGCUGACGGGACUUUGAAGCUUUGGGAUGUGAGAUCAGCAAACGAGACGAAAAGCAUUAAUGUGAAGCGCUUCUUCCUGAGUUCCGAAGACCCUCCCGAGGACGUGGAGGUGAUAGUGAAAUGUUGUUCCUGGUCUGCAGAUGGUGACAAAAUAAUAGUAGCAGCGAAAAACAAAGUCCUCCUUUUUGAUAUUCAUACUAGUGGCCUGUUGGCAGAGCUGCAUACAGGUCACCACAGCACCAUCCAGUACUGUGACUUCUCCCCCUAUGACCACUUGGCAGUCAUCGCCCUGUCUCAGUACUGUGUGGAGCUGUGGAACAUAGACUCCCGCAUAAAGGUGGCAGACUGCAGGGGACAUUUAAGUUGGGUUCACGGUGUGAUGUUUUCUCCUGACGGCUCAUCAUUUUUGACGGCUUCUGAUGACCAAACAAUAAGGGUCUGGGAGACCAAAAAGGUAUGCAAGAACUCUGCCAUCGUACUAAAACAGGAAAUAGAUGUUGUGUUUCAGGAAAACGAAACGAUGGUCCUUGCUGUUGACAACAUAAGAGGCCUGCAACUCAUUGCUGGGAAAACAGGCCAGACUGAUUACCUGCCUGAAGCCCCAGUGAGCUGCUGCUGCCUCAGUCCACAUCUUGAGUACGUUGCAUUCGGAGAUGAAGAUGGGACCAUUAAGAUUAUAGAACUUCCAAACAACAGAGUGUUCAGUUCUGGGGUUGGACACAAGAAAGCUGUACGGCACAUCCAGUUCACAGCUGAUGGGAAGACACUGAUUUCAAGCUCUGAAGACUCUGUGAUUCAGGUAUGGAAUUGGCAGACAGAGGACUAUGUAUUUUUACAAGCCCAUCAGGAAACAGUAAAGGACUUCAGGCUCCUGCAAGAUUCAAGAUUGCUUUCUUGGUCAUUUGAUGGAACGGUGAAGGUGUGGAAUGUCAUUACUGGAAGAAUAGAAAGAGACUUUACUUGUCAUCAGGGCACAGUGCUUUCCUGUGCUGUCUCUUCUGAUGCGACCAAGUUUUCAUCUACCUCUGCUGAUAAGACGGCCAAGAUCUGGAGUUUUGAACUCCUUUCCCCUCUUCAGGAGCUGAGGGGCCAUAAUGGCUGUGUCCGCUGCUCUGCUUUCUCACUGGAUGGCGUCCUGUUGGCAACUGGAGAUGACAAUGGAGAAAUCAGGAUAUGGAGUGUCUCAGACGGCCAACUUCUUCAUUUGUGUGCUCCGAUUUCAGUAGAAGAAGGAGCCGCUACCCACGGAGGCUGGGUGACUGAUGUUUGCUUCUCUCCUGACAGUAAAAUGCUCGUCUCUGCUGGAGGAUAUCUCAAGUGGUGGAAUGUUGCCACUGGGGAAUCCUCACAGACUUUCUACACAAAUGGAACAAACCUCAAGAAAAUACAUGUGUCCCCUGACUUCAGAACAUACGUGACUGUUGAUAAUCUUGGUAUUUUAUAUAUUUUACAGGUGUUAGAGUAAAAUGGCUAAGCAUUAAUGUAGUUCAGCUCCUUAAGUUUGAAUUGGAAAAAUAAAUUGAAACUCUGUACAUCAACUUUUUAUAAAGCUGUGAAUCGUACUGCAGUGUUGGAAACAUUACAAAAGUGUUUACAGCUGGGGCAAUGUUGUGUAUAGCUGGAUGAAUCAUAGUAUAUCUCCGCAAAUGAACACACGUUUACUCUAUUUUUUUAAAAUAUAGUCAUCAUUGUUAUUAACAAUUUGUCCUUAACAUGCAAAUGAAAUGUAAAUAUGUACCUUGUUACACUAUUAGUAAGCUUCCUUGAUGCAUUCAGAUUGGCUGGCAACAGGAAUGAGAAUUGUUUGAAGGAAUUCUCUAUGUUGAUGCUAUCAUUUUACAGGCUAUGCUGCAAGGUCAUGGCGGUGGGUGUUCUGAGUCACACUUACCCCCAGGGGGUAUGGGUCUCAAGUGAAUCACGUUGUUUAUUUGCACUCUUUAAAUUUGCGUUAAGAUAUUGUGUCAUGGUGCACAGUCCGCAACACUUCAUUUGAUAACUCAGUGAGUGUUGGAUUUCGACAGUUCUUUCUAUGAGCUAGUCAUGUGUUAGAGAGAUUUCUCUCUGUAGCAGAUGAUAGCUCUGUGUUUAGCCGCACUCCAAUUGCCAGUAUCUUUGAAUUGGGCACCAACCACCCUGCACUCUCUUAGUUGUUUUGUUUGGCUUUUUAAAGACAGGUCUAAUGUAGUCCUGGCUCUCUUGGCACUCAGAAUGUAGACCAGGCUAGCCUCGAACUCAGAGAUCGGCCUGCCUCUACCUCCCAAGUUCUGGGAUUGAAAGUGUGUGCCAACCCCAUGUCUCUCAGUUUUGUACUUACUGCUUCACUAAGCUUGACUUCUUUUAACCUCUUAUCCAUAGCUAGGUGUUAGUAAGCCGAUGACACUGAAAUAGUAACGCACUUCCCCUUUGGUCUCUUUCCUUGUACGGCAUCACCAGUGCUGUUCUCUUUAAGACAUUCAAGAGUCACAGAGCCCCCGCCCCUCCCCCCAUGCUCGUCUCCCUGGGAAAUGAGAGCUCAUUGUAUUAUGCAGCGAUGUCUUUUGAUGCAGAAAAACUUUGCAACAUCAGUAUCUACUUUUGUUUUUAAUCUUUUAGGAUCUAUGAUUGAAGCACAAUUAAGGACAAUAGAGAUAAAUUAGUAGUAGAUGUAGUUUUCAUGUAAACUAAAAAAUCAAAUAUCUUCAUUUUGCAAUAGGAAUGAAUGUGUCUUAGCGUUAAUAGUUGUCAGUGAAGCUGUUUCUGUUGCUGUUACCAGCUGUGGUAUGGGCAGAGGGAGUGAGGCGCUCCUGUGUUCCAGAUUUCGCUUCCUUACGGUGCUGAUGAUUGAAACCAGGGCCUUGCACACACUAGGUGAGCACUGCCCAACUGCGGCUACACACCCAGCCCUUAGGUGGAUUUUAGAUUAGAUAUUCCUACGGGACAUUUUUAGGAGCUAUAAAUAGAGUGAACAAAAUCUUGUUUAGAGUUAAGGAAAAUUUUUUUUUUAUCUUGAGGAACUACUUUAUAUACUUACUGUGAUUUAAGCCAAUGUGAUAAGUGAAAAAUCUUAAUUUUUGUAAAACAAAUAUUUGAAGAAGUAUGUCUUGCUUAGAACUUGCUGAGAACGAAUCAAACUUUUGAUUUUCAGACAAUGUUAGUGGCUUCUCUGUUCUGUAGCUGGGUUAGUGACAUGAAACAGUAACCGUCAGUUUUUAAAGUCUUGGUCUUUUGUCUUAAAGUGGAGAGAAGUGGCUGGAGGAAGGAGAUGGAAGGGCUCAGACCCCAACUCUUGGGCUGACCAGGAAGGCCUGGAGCCCUGGUGGCCUGGAGCCCUGGUGGCCUGGAGCCCUGGUGGCCUGGAGCCCUGGUGGCCUGACCGUGGUCGCCUGGACAAACACUUGCAACCCUUUCCUUGCUCAACUUGUUAUGUGAGAAAUUACAUUGGACUUUGUAUAUGUGAAGAUAGAUGGUUUUGUAUCAUGUUUUAUGUGCAUCGAAGACUUUUUUGUAUUUAUAAUUUACAUGUGUUAUUACUUUUUCCCUUGGAAUACUGUUGAAACAUGAAUUUUAAAAACAAAAAUAAAAUUCCUGAAAUUUUUGGAAAAACA